AGUGUGGGCGGAGUGAAACUCUUACGGGAGGACUUGAUCCAGAUGCCUCGAAUUCCGUCCGCACUUGUUUUCAGCCAUACCAAGGAAGAAGGCCUUCUGUUUCCCGGCCAUGGCUGCAGGGUGGAGAGUCCUGCUGCUGUGGGGUUGGGUCUGCAUCUGGCUUCCAGCUCAGGCUCAGGGAACUCUGGUCAUUUCCCGCAGAGAUGUUCGGAUGCAGGAAACAAAAGAGGAUGUGGACACCAGGUCAAUAAAGAAAAGAAGCACAAAGUCUGCAGACUUGGUGGAGGUGUACAGUGUCAGGGUCGUCUGUGCUGUGACGUCUCGUUUUGCUCACACUGUCAUGACCUCGAAGGCUCUGAACAAAGCAAACUCCUCACAGGAAAUCUUCUUCGAAGUGGAGCUUCCCAAAACCGCUUUCAUCACCAACUUCAGCAUGGAAAUUGAUGGUCAGGAGUAUGUUGGAGAGGUGAAGGAGAAAGAGAAAGCCAAGAAACAGUAUGAGAAGGCUGUUUCCUCAGGACAGACUGCUGGACUGGUCAAGGCUUCUGGAAGAAAGAUGGAGAAGUUUUCAGUGUCUGUCAACAUUGCAGCUGAAAGUAACGUGACUUUCAUUCUGACGUAUGAGGAGCUCCUUCAGAGGAAACUGGGCCAUUAUGAGAUUCUGACCCGAGUUAAACCCAAACAACCGGUCCAGGAGUUUCAGAUUGUGGCAGACAUCUAUGAGCCGCAGGGCAUUGCUUUUGUUGAGGCCUCUGCAACUUUUCUCACCAAUGAGCUGCUCCCACUGGUGGAGAAAAUUGUCACAGACACAAAAGCACACAUCUCUUUCUCACCAACACUGGAGCAGCAGAGGAAAUGUGCAGGAUGUGAAGGUACCAUGAUUGAUGGAGAUUUCAUCAUCAAGUAUGAUGUGAAGCGAGAAGAAAGCCUGGGGGAAGUUCAGAUUGUGAACGGAUACUUUGUGCACUUCUUUGCUCCACCUGACCUACCCAGAGUCCCAAAGAACGUUGUGUUUGUGAUCGACAGGAGCGGCUCAAUGAGUGGAAGAAAGAUUGCACAGACUCGGCAAGCAUUGACUGCCAUUCUGAAAGACCUCCACGAGCAGGACCACUUUGCUCUCAUCCUGUUUGAUGAUAAGAUUGUCACCUGGAGGAACUCUCUUACCAAAGCAAUUAAGGAAAAUGUGGUUGAAGCCAUUGCCUAUGUCAAGAAACUAAGGGACAAAGGAGCCACCAAUAUCAAUGGUGCCAUACUAAAAGCAGUGAGAAUGCUGGAGAAAGACAGAGAUGAUAAGAAGCUUCCAGAGAGGAGUGUGGAUAUGAUUGUACUAUUGACCGAUGGGAUGCCAAACAAAGGGGUGUCUGACCUCCCAACAAUCCAGAAGAAUGUGCGCUCUGCUAUUGGAGGGAACAUGUCGCUGUUCUGUCUUGGAUUCGGAAAUGAUGUAGAUUUCUCCUUCCUGGAUGUCAUGAGCAAACAAAACAAGGGAGUGGCCCGCAGAAUCUAUGAGGCCUCAGAUGCAGCUGUUCAACUCCAGGGUUUCUAUGAGGAGGUGUCCAGUCCCCUGCUCCUGGAGGUGGACCUGCGUUACCCUGACAAUGCGGUAGACCUCUUGACCAAAAGCCGUUACAGCCAUUUGUUUAAUGGCUCAGAGAUUGUGGUGGCCGGACAGCUGAACGGCGACAAGCUGGAUAACUUCCUUGUGGAAGUGUUUGCCCUGGGGCCUGACAAGGACUUCCAGGUGCAGGGAAAGGCCAGUGUGGUAAACUGGGAUGUGAUCUACCCACAACAGGAGUACAUCUUUGGGGAUUUCACGGAGCGUUUAUGGGCUUACCUCACCAUCCAGCAGCUACUGGAAAACAGUGACAUUGGUACACAGCAGGAGAAAAACAAUACAGCAGCUAAGGCCCUGGACAUGUCCCUGAAGUACAGCUUUGUCACCCCUCUCACCUCCAUGGUGGUCACCAAGCCUGAAACUGAGGAUAGACCAGGCAGCACUCUCAUUGCUAAUAAAAUGACUGAGGACCAGAGACAGAAAGCAGAGAGGCGCACUGGUUCCUCUGCCCUUGCUGCCAGUUCCCAUAGUCAAUACGAUGUGGACGGAGAUCCUCAUUUCAUGAUAGAAAUCCCAGACAGAGAGGCAGCUCUGUGCUUUAACAUCAAUGACAAACCAGGAACCAUUUUCAACCUGGUCAGAGACCCAAAAUCAGGCUUCGUGGUGAAUGGUCAAGUUAUUGGCAAGAAGAAAGUUGUACCAGAUGGUAACAUCAACACUUACUUUGGGCGUUUUGGCAUCACACACCAGAAACUGGGGGUGAGGCUGGAUGUGAGCACUCAGGACAUCUCAAUCUUCUACAACGGCAAGCAGGUCAAGCUGCUGUGGUCUGAUACAGCCUCCCUCAAAGAAACCAAUAUGGACCUCAAGUUGACAAAGAACUGUAGUCUGACAGUCACGCUGAGACACUCGGUUAAAUUUAUGGUCAUCAGACACACAAAGGUGUGGAAGAGACGUCACAACCAACAAGACUACCUGGGUUUCUACACCCUGGACAGCCAUCAUUUGUCCACUUCAGUUCAUGGCCUACUAGGUCAGUUCUACCAUGGUGUUGAAUUUGAGGUGACAGAUCUGCGUCCAGGUGAAAUCCAGGGGAAACUAGACGCCACCAUGUAUGUGAAGGGACAAACACUCCAUGUGACCAGACACUGGCAGAAAGACUUCAGCAGGGAUGUGAAGAAUGGGGAAAAUAUUCUCUGCUGGUUUGUUAACAACAGUGGAACGGGCCUCGUGGAUGGAGGAGCCUCUGAUUACAUUGUGUCAGACCUUUUUAAGACUGUUUGAAUCUUUUAGAUUUCAUAAAUCAGUGAAAUUUCACUGGGGACACAAGGUACAUCAUUAUGGUGUUGCCUGAUGAGAGAUAGUUGACAGUAGUGAGCCACAAAUUUACAAACACACAUGCAGAAAUAAACAUAACAAAACUGUCUA